AUGAUAUCUCCAACAUCUAAUGCAGGCUACAGAUCAGAUUGUUCCUCUGAUCAUACACAGAUCUCUGCUCAAGAAAAUGCUCAUCUUGAACAUUAUGAGAAUGAUUUGGAAAAAUUAAAAGAUGAACGUGAUGCCAUACAAAAGAAGACAUUUACAAAAUGGGUGAAUAAACAUCUUCAGAAGACAAAUCGGAGUGUUACAGAUUUAUUUACUGAUCUUAGUGAUGGAUACAAUUUAAUAGCUCUUCUAGAAAUACUAACAUCAGAAAGAUUGCCAAAAGAAACUGGAUACACAAGAUUUCAUAGAAUACAAAAUAUACAAAUAUGUUUAGAUUUUUUAAAAAAACAAAAUAUUAAAUUUGUCAACAUCAGACCAGAGGAUAUUCUUGAAGGAAAUUCUAAAUUAACAUUAGGAUUGAUAUGGACAAUUAUUCUUAAUUAUCAGGUCUCUAUUAUUAAAACAAGGCAAAAAGAGUUGCUGUGUCAAGAUGCUUCAUUUACCACAUCUCAUACAAAUGAUCCUAAUAACAGUGCUACUUUUAGCAAUAAUUUUGCUUCUUUCCAAGCUUCACAGGUUACGAAACAUGAAGUUAAUGGACAGACAAUUGCAAAUGAAACAUAUCAGGAUUCACAACAGCAAGUAGAUACCAAUCCUACUAUGAAUCAUUCAAAAUCAGGAAAUGGAAGUGUAUCUGGUAGCCAUUACUCUACAGCAAAAACUAAUGGUAAUAUACCUAUUGAAAGGAUAGGUCGUGAUCAAAUGCCUUUAGGUUUCUCUGGUCCAGAGGAAUCUAUUUAUCAUAGUGGUUCCCAAUUUCGUUCAAAUGAAAAUUACCAUCAAAAUAAUAAUCAUCGUCAAAAUAAUGAUAUUAUACCAUAUCCAUCUAAUACAGGAAAUUUUUCAAUGAAUCGUCAUUAUGAUACCGCUUAUAAUGCUAAUUUUGGUCAGGGAUUCUCUGAAAGUUCUAGUUAUGAAACUAGAGAACAUUAUGAAAGAAAAGUACAAAGAGUUAAAAAAACUAGAGGAGAAAGAGAAAGAAAUAGUUUUAGAUCAAAAAAUAAAUAUGGUUCCAAAAAUGUAUCUGAAGUUCUUCGUCACUCAGAUAAUGGUUCAGCUCGUGAUGCACUUUUACAAUGGGCUAGAAAAGCUACAGAAGGGUAUCCCGGUGUAAAUGUAUCUAACUUUACAAAUAGUUGGAGAGAUGGAUUAGCUUUUAAUGCCAUUCUCCAUCGAUACAGACCAAAUCUAAUUGAUUGGGCAAAAAUUUCUGAUAAAAAUGUUACUGCCAGAGGACGUCUUGACAAUGCUUUUAAUGUUGCUGAAAAAGAAUUUGGUGUUUCAAAAUUAUUAGAUGCUGAAGAUGUUGAUUGUGAUCAUCCUGAUGAGAAAUCUGUUAUCACUUAUGUUUCCUCUCUUUACAAUGCCUUACCACAUCUUGAUGAAUUAUCAAGAUAUAUGAAUGUUAUGGAUAAUUAUAUACAAAGAGCCACCUUAUUACGUCAAUGGAUAUUAGAAGUCACAAAUUUAAUGGAAGUUAAAAAUGAACAACUAUCUUACUCCAGUCCUAUAUUAUUAUUAGAUGAAUUAAAUAAAUUUGAAUUAGAAGAUUUACCACCAAAAGCAGCAUUAAAAGAGGAACUUUCACGAGAGUAUAGUGCAAUACAAAAAGCACUUAAUAAUACGGAAUAUUUUCAAAUUCCUAAUGAAUUAUCUACAUAUACUAUUGAAGAAAUAUGGGAAAAUCUUCUAAGAUCUAUCCAUUUUCGUAAUUUAGAUUUAGUUGAACUAUCUAAAAUUCAGGGUAAUUUAAAUGAUUUGAUUAGUAAAUUAACUAGAGGAAUUGGAAUAACAAAUGAAAAAUUGGAUCAUAUUUUGAAUAGAAUUGAGGAUAUUGAAGCUAGAGCUGAGACAAUUAAUGUACGUGAAGGUGAAAGAAUUAUUUCUGAGAUUAUUGAUGAUCUUAAUACUCUUGAACCUACAAUUAAUGGAUUUUUCGAUGAUGUUGAAGUUUUAAAGAGUAACCAUCAUCCAGAAGAAAGUAAUUUUUACAAACAAGUAUAUGGUUUACAUCAAAGAAGAGAAGCAUAUCUUGAUAGAAUUGGAGGUAGUGUAUUGUCUAAAUUCAAUAUAAGAACUGAAACUAUUAGAAGAGAAAACAUUCAACGUUUUGAAGCACAAAGAGAGACGUCUUUCAGAAGAGUUGAAGAGUGUAUUGAGUGGGUACGUGUACGCAUGGAACGCCUUAAUAAUAUGGACUUUAAUAUGGAUUUGGAACAAUUAGAAGAUAUCUUUGAAAAUCAUAAACUUGAAAAUAGAGACAUUCAAGAUUUUAGACAAGAUGUUGAUGAAUGUAUUGCACGUCAGGCUGAGGUAACAGUAGAGGAUUCAUAUGAAUAUUGUGAAUUACUUAGAACCCUUGAAUCUGAAUAUCAACAACUUAGGGAUUUGUCAGCAGGUCGUAUGCUUGACCUAGAUUCAUUGAUUGCCUUCAUUAGAGCUGCUCAAAUUGAAUUAAUAUGGAUUUCACAAAGAGAGGAUAUUGAAGUAUCCAGAAAUUGGUCAGAUAUUAACCAACUUGAUUUACCAAUGCUUCAAAAUUAUUAUAAACAGCUUCUUCAUGAAAUUGAACUCCGUGAAAAACAGUUUAAUGAUGUACACAAUCAGGGAGCUGCCCUUAUUAAUCAACGUCACCCUGCUGUUGAAUUAAUUGAAUCAUACCUUAAAUGUAUGUCAUCACAAUGGGAAUGGCUUCUCUCUUUGUCUAAAGCAUUAGAAGGUCACCUUCGUGAUGCUCUAAACUUAAGAUCAUUUAUGGAGGAAGCAGAUAAAGUUGAACAAUGGAUGAAACUUCAAACAGAACAUUUAGAAAAAAAUUAUAAUCACAGUGAUUUUUCACUUGAUGAAGGUGAACAAUACCUUGCUGAGUUAAAUGAAGUUAAAGAAAUGUUAAAUAAAUAUCAUGGAAUUUUGAUGGGAUUAACUGAAAAAUCAAGUCAAAUAUCUCCACUUUGGCAAAGAGGUGAAAGAAUUUCAAGAUCAAUACAUGUAACCGCAUUAUGUGAUUACAAUAGUAAAGAUAUCAAUAUUCGUAGUGGUGAUGAAUGUACAUUAUUAAAUAAUGAUGAUAUGAUCUAUUGGAGAGUAAGAGGAAUUGAUGGUGUUGAAGCAAAAGUUCCAUCUGUUGUCUUUAGAAUACCUCCACCAGAUCCAAGACUAACCAACUUCUUGAAUCGUCUUCAUGCAUCAUUUGAAAAAAUGAAAAAAUUAUGGGAAAAGAAACAUAGAUUAAUUAGAUAUAAUAUGAUUUUAAAUACUAUGAAGACAAUUAGAAAUUGGGACUUAGAUACAUUUAUGUCACUUGAUCCAGACCAAAGAGAUGCUAUUAUUAAAGCAUUAAAUGAAGAUACGAUGAAGCUUUUAAGUGAAAUGGAUCCAAAUGAUCCAUUAGCCUUAAGAUUGAGAGAAGAACUUAGAAGUACAAAUGAGCAUUUCUAUAAUUUGCUUAAUGAAUCAAUGAAACCACCAGAGCCUGAUCAUUCAUCACAAUUUGAUGAUGCCUUUGGUUCAUUAGCUAGAAAGCUUGAAGAAGCCUGGGAAAAAUUAACUUCCAGAGUCAAGGAACCAAUUGCUGAUGAUAUGGACAAAUUAGAAAAUCAUAUUAUGGACCACAAAGCAUUUGAAGAUGCUUUACAAUCUCUUGAUUCAGAUGUAUCAAAUGUAAAAGAACUCUUUAGACAAAUUUUGAAUCCAACACCUUCUCAAAGAGCAAAUAAUGACUUUCUUACAACUAGAUGGGAAGAUCUUUGGGAUCUCUCAAGAAUGUAUGUUGAUAGACUUAAAGCAUUAGAAUUGGUAUUGAAUGGAAUUCAUGAAGUUAGUGAUAUUGUAAAACAACACGAAAUUACAUUAUCCUCAUUUGAUGACUUACCUGCAGAUUUGUCAAAAUUACGUGGAGCUCAUUCACAAUUGGUUGAACUUAAUAUGAUUCUUCAACAACAACAAUCUAUUGUUGACUCAUUGAACAAAAACAUUGCACUUCUUCGUCAACAUGUUGCCAGAACAAGAUAUAAUGCUCCAAAUCAUCCAGAUGUUGAUUCUCUUGAUGAGCAAGUUCAAAAUUUGACUGUUAGAUGGGAAAAUAUUUCUUCACAAGUUCAAGAACGUAUGAGAUUAUGUGAAAAAGCUCUUCAAACUCAAAUGAUAUACAGAAGUGAAUAUCAAUGUGAAAUUGAUUGGCUUGAUAGAGUUGAAAAUACCAUAAAUUCUCUUAGAAAUCCUGAUCAUCUUAGACCAGAGGAAUAUCAAAGACAAUUAGAUACAUUAAUUGCUGAAUAUUCACAACUUCAGGAACGUACAGAAGCUAUUGAAAAAGUUAAUCGUGAAGGUGGUAAAUUUAUUCGUGAAGCUAAAUUAUAUGAUAAUCGUCUUGGUGGUUUCCGAGAUACUGUUAUCGAUAUCCAUGGUCAUGGUAUUAAAUUAAGCUUUAAAAGACAACAACCACAACCACUAAAUGGUGCUGAUCAAGUUACUGAAGAAUUAGAAAAACUUAAUCGUCGUUUUGCUCAAUUGUCAUCAUUCAUUCUUGAAAAAAGAAAUGAAAUGCAGGUUCUUAUCCAAAAUUGGAAAAAGAAAAAACAGGAAGAAGAAGAUAAAAAAAGGGCUGAACUUGAAGCACAACGACAAGCUUUUGAGCUGGCACGUAGGAAAGCAUUGGAAGAAGCUGAUAGACUAAGAGCUGAAAGAGAAGAAGCUGAAAGACUACGUAGAGAACAACAGGCUGAACGUGAAAGAAAACGUCUUCAGGAUGAAGCUGAUAGAUUAAGAAGGGAACAAGAAGCUGAACGUGAACGUCAAAGACUUGCUGAUGAAGCUGAAAGAUUAAGACGUGAGCAAGAAGCUGAACGUGAACGUCAAAGGCUUGCUGAUGAAGCUGAUAGAUUAAGACGUGAACAAGAAGAGCUUGAUCGAUUAAAACGUGAACAGGAAGAACGUGAACGUUUAAGACGUGAACAAGAAGAACGUGAUCGUUUAAGACGUGAACAAGAACUUGCUGACAAACUUCGUAAAGUUCCUGAAUUUAACAUUAACAGUGCUUUUGAAAUGAAUCAAGCGUCUAAUCUAGAUGAUGUAGAUGAAUUUGACAAUCUCGAAGCUGUCCCUGAUAAAGCCAAAAUUUCUGAAUAUGAAGAUGAAAUGCAAACAUAUUCUGAAGAGACAGAAACAAAAACACAAUUCUAUGAAAUGGAAGGUAUCCUUCAUAAACAGACAGGUGAAAUUUUAACAUUUGUUGAAGCAAUUCGCCAAGGCCUUCUUGAUCUUCACUCUAAUGGUGGAGAAUUUUUCGAUAUUCAUACUGGAUCAAAAAUAUCUCUUGAAAAAGCUGCUGAACUUGGUUUAAUCAAAGAAAGUUUCAAUGAUUUAUUAAAUAAAAAACUUGGAAUCUACCAUCCAGAAACCAAACAAAGUCUUAAGCUUAUUGAGGCUAUUCAACAAAAUUUAUAUAAUCCUGAGACAAGACAAAUUACAGACAUUCAUAGUGGUGAUGUUUUACUUGCAGAUGAAUUGAUGUCUAAAGGAAUUCUUAAUUCAGAGACACAAAUUCGUUUAAUAACAGCUGGAAUUCUUAAAUUUCCACCAAUGUCUUUGGAGCAUGCUAUUGAACAAGGUGUUUUGGAUGUUGAAACUGGUGAAUUUAAAGGAAAAUAUAGUUCAACAACUUUAUCACUUCAAGAUUCAUUGAUUAAUUCAUACAUCAAGAUUUCUAGUAGUGGUACACCAAUGAUAGCUGUAACAUUGUCUGACGUCAUUGACAACGGCUUAAUUAAUAGUAGUACAGGAGAAUUUAAUGAUAAAAAUUCUGACGACAAAUUUAAUUUACGUGAAGCUUGUUCAAAGAAGACAAAUCUUUUAAAUAGAAAUAUUAAAGAGAUUACUAAGACUGAUAAUCUUGAAAAAAUUUCUCUUGGUGAUGCUACCGUAAGAAAUGUUAUUAAUACUAGAACAGGAAACUUCACCGAUACAGAAAAUAAACAAGGAGUAUCUUUACAACAAGCUAAAGAUAGAGGAUGGAUCUGUAAACCAAUGACUUUGUAUGAACUUGUUAAAAAAGAUCAAAUUGAUAGCACUAAUCAUUUCAUUGAUAAAGGAAGUCGUCAAAGAUUUUCACUUUUACAAUCCAUAGCUUAUGGUUUAAUAGAUGCUGAUGUAAGACAUAUUGUUGAUAUUGAGGAAAAAGAUGUCAUUUCAUUAUCUGAAGCUCUUGAAAGAGGUGUCAUUGAAGCUGAUGGUUUAUAUCAUAUUGUUAAUGAAAAAAGAACAAUGUCACUUUAUGAAGCACUUAGUGAAGGUCUUUUAACUAAGAGAGUUAAACAUACUAUAUUUGAUGUUAAAGGAAUAACUAAUACAGAGACUGGAGUUAUGAUAAACUUAAGAGAAGCAAUUAGUGAAGGAAUUAUUAUUCCACAAUCAGAAAGAUUCAUUGAUAUUAUUACUAAGGAUAGUUUCUCAUUAUCACAAGCAGCUGAAAGAGGCUUCAUUGACAAAGCACUUUAUGAACUUAUUUCAUCUUCAAUUGGAAUGAAAGAUAGUUAUGGAGGUGAUAUGAAUAUUAUUCGUGGAGUUUCUGAAGGUUUAAUUGACUUAGAUAAAGGUAUAAUUGUUGUUAAAGAACAUGGAUCAACACGUGAAUUGACUGCAUUUGAUGCUUAUCAUAGUGGUCAUCUUACACUUAGAGGUGCCAUGAAAUUAGCUUCCUUACUUGAUAUCCCACCUACUUUAGUUUCUUCUAGAAAGAAAGUAGAUGGAAAAAAAAGAAUUAGAAGACCAGGACAACAUCAUGUUCUUGGUGAUGAUCAAGUUAAAAUUACACUUGCUGAAGCAAUGAAACAAGGAUUGAUUGAUUCAAGAACACAACGAUUUAGACAAGGAGAUAUUGAUGUAUCACUUGAAGAAGCAUUAUCACAAGGUUUAUUAUCUGAAAAUAGUGAAUGGAUCAUUCCAGCUAAAGCUCUUGGAAAUGGACCAACAAUUGAGGAAAAAGUUGAUGAAUCUGUAACAGAAACAGCACAACAACUUGCUCCAAAAAUAUACCCAGAUAAAAAUAUUGAAGAAUCAGUAACUACUGUCAAGAGAGUUCGUAGAACUGAGACUUCAGCUGUUGGUGGACCAGGUGGAGUAUCUGUAUACAGAGCUAUUACUGGUGCUAAAGGAGCUGUUGAAGUUCCUACUGACGGUUAUCAUUUCCGUGAAGCAGAAAGAAAAGGAUUCAUUGAUUUAGAUAAUGGUAUUAUUACACCACCAACAACAGAUAAAAAAUUGUCUGUUGAAGAAGCUAUUAAUAUUGGUUUCCUUGAUGGUAAUAGUAUUACAAUGACAGAUCCAAAAACUGGAAGAGAAAUUACUGCUACUGAAGCUUUUGAAUCAAAAGUCAUGACACCUCAUGGACAAAUAAAACACCAUGGAAAACAAUAUUCAUUGAAAGAUGCUAUUGAAAAAAAUAUUGUUAGAAUUGCUUUUGAACCUCCAGCUAACAGUAGUUCUAUAAAUAAAAAAAUUAUACAGUUUGCUACUGGUAAUGGUGCUAUAAUGAGUUUCAAACCUGUUGGUACUCCAAUGAUUGAGGAACAUGAAACUGCAUGGUCAUUUGAUGCUAACACUGGAGAAUUAGUUGAUUUAACUACAAAUGAAAGAAUUGAUCUUGAUAGAGCAUUAGCUAAAGGAAAAUUAAGUUUUGAUGAUUUACGUGUUCGUGAUACUAUAACAGGAAGAGAAAUGUCAUUUGCUGAAGCUGAAAAAUGGGGUGUUGUUGAUUCUAAAAAUUCAUAUUAUUUGGAUAAACAAAAUAAUCAUAGAUAUUCAUUUACAGAAGCUGCAAAACAACAUAAAGUAUAUCCAGCUGGAGGAGUUCCAGAAAAUGCAUCUGAUGCCAUAAAUACAACUGUUAAAGUUCAAACUAGAGUAGCUGUAAGCAAGAAAGAAGCUAUACCUAUAGGAACUAACCAAUUUGCAGCAUUAACUAUUGGUAAAUUAAUUAGAUCAGGCAACUUUGAUACAAUUACUAAAAUGUUUAUUAAUCCUGAAAAUAAACAACAAAUGACUUUGAAAUCUAUGAUUAUGAAAGGUGCUAUUGAUCCAUAUGGUACAACUAUUAAUGAUAAACAAAAUUAUAGAGAAUUGUCUCUUCUUGAUGCAAUUCAAGAAAAUAUUGUUGAUGACAUUAAUGGAACUGUAACUGAUACUAGUACAGGAAAAGUUUAUGAUCUUAAAGCAGCCCUUGAACAUGAACUUAUUAAAGAUAAAGGAAUUAAAGAUUCAUUUGAAGAUAGUUUAGUUUCUGGACGUUUAAGUAUGACAUCUGGUUUAUAUACAACUACAGAAGGUAAAAAAAUACCUAUUCCACAAGCUAUCAAAAAAGAUUUGUUAGAUGGAGAUAGUUUAAUGAUUAAAGAUCCAGCAACAGGAAGUCAUAUGACAUAUAAUGAUGCUGUUACAAAAAGAGUUAUUGACCCAUCAACUGGACAUAUUACAAAUGUUCAAACUGAAGAAAGAAUGUCAUUCCCAAAAGCUUUAACUACUGGUUUGGUAUCAGCUGCUGGAGCUACACCUGUUUCUUCAUUUAGUGCACAUAAAGGUCCACAUCAAAGAAUUGUUGAACAAAGACUUCAAUUCACUCCUUAUGCACCAGAAAUUGAAUAUGAACAGAGUUCAUCAUCUUCAGCUCUUGCUGUUAGACAACCUGGAGACUCUAGUCACAAAGUUGUUGAUCUUGGUGGUGGAAAACAAGUAACUGUUAAAGUUGUUAGAGAUGCAAAUGGUCUUGAAAAAGGUGAAUAUGUUGAUCCUACAUCUGGAAUGAAAUUUACAAUUCAAUUAAAUUCAGAUCCAUUCGUAACAGAAACUAAAACAACUGUUAAAUCUACAGCUCAAGUACAAUCUGUUGAGUUAGAACCACAUGCUGAAUUUGUUGGUAUUGACAGAAUUCGUGAUAAAAGAACUGGUAGAGUUAUGUCAUUAGCUGAUGCUGAAAGAUUAGGUUUAGCAAAAGUUGAUAAGAAAGGUAAACAGACUACAAAAACAUAUGCUGUAUUCCGUUCUAAUAUUCAAACAGCUGUCAAUAAAGGUGUUAUUGAUAAUAAUGGAGGAAAAAUUUCAUUACAAGAUGCCAUUAAAGUUGGUAUUAUUGAUAUUGAAAAAUUAACUUAUAAAUCAGCUAGUACCAAAGAAGAAUUAUCAUUAUCACAAGCCUCUAAUAUGGGACUUCUUGAUAUUACAUUAUCAGAAACUUUAGCUAAAGGAAUUAUUCAUCCAGUUAAUGGUGAAAAAAUAUCUGUUAAAAAAGGUAUUGAAAUUGGAAUUAUUAAUAAACAUACUGGAGCUGUUAUUAAUCCAUUUACAAAUGAAAAAUUAACAUGGCUUGAUCUUGUUAAACCUGUAUAUGCUUCAUUAACAAUGGAAGGAAUUUAUGAUCCAACUAAAGGAUAUGGUAUACCAAUUACUGCUGCUUUAUGUGAAGGAUUAAUAAAUUCUGAAGAAAAUCUUUAUGUUAAUGUAAUAUCUGGUGAUAAAUUCCCUCUUGAUCAAGCUCGUGCUAAAGGUUUAAUUGAUGGAUCAACUUAUAAAGCUCUUGUUGAACCAUCAAUACCUAAUUAUAAAACUGGUAAUAUGAUUAGUUUAAUUGAAGCUGUUAGACUUGGAAUAUUUAAUCCACGUAAUAAAACAGUUCAAUUAAAUCAAUUUACCGUUACACCAAUUUCUAAAGCUGUUAGUGAAGGAAAAAUUUCAAAAGAAAUUGGUGAUAAAUUAAGACAAGUAGAAAGAUUGUCAUUUGUUGAUGCAUUAGGAAAAGGAAAUAUUGACUUAGUCCAUGAUACUUUUACAGAUAUUGAAAGUGGUAAUCAAAUGACAAUAUCUCAAGCUGUAGAAAAAGGAUAUAUUGAUCCUGGAACUGUUGAAAAGUUUUCUGAAGGUGAUGAAAAAAAUCUUAGUAACAUUAUUAAGUCUGAUGAAUUUGAUGAAAAUAGUGGUAGAAUUAGAGAUAAACAAACAGGACUAUAUUUAACAUUUAAAAAUGCUAUUGAAAGAGGAAUCAUUGAUGGUGAUUCAUUAAUUCAUGAUGUUGAUAGAUCCCAAACAGUAACACUUAAUGAAGCUAUAAAUAGAAAAAAAAUAGAUAAUGAUGGAAAAUAUAUACAUAAAAAUGGAGAAAAAUUUAAACUUACAGAUGCCAUAAAAUAUGGUCUUGUUGCAUUGAUAGCAUCACCAAUGCAAGCAGCACAAGCUGUAGCAGAUGCUAUAAAAAGAAAAGAUGCUGAAGGAUAUAAAUUUAAAAUUGAAUCAAUACCAAGUGAAAGUGAUAAAAGACAUUCAAGUGGUCCUAAAUGGAGAACAAUGGAAACGACUACAGUUAAAUUAACUCCAGUAAAAAAUGAACCUGGUUUAAGUACAAAAAUAAGAUCUAGUCUUUCUGAGGAUAUCAGAAGAUCUAGAGCUGCUAGUAUAAUUGAUGAUCCACAAGGAUUAGCUGAUUUACAAUUUGAAUUUUUAGACAGUCUUAGAAAAAGUAAUUUUAAUAUUGAUGAUGCUAUAAUUGAAAAUCCUGCAAAUAAUAAAAGAGUUUCUGUAAAAGAAGCUGCAGAAAGUGGUUUAUUAGAUAUAGUUACUGGUGAAAUAGUUAAUCCAAAAACUGGUAGAAGAUAUUCAAUACCAAAAGCUGUUCAUAUGAAAAUAAUAGAACCUGAAGCUGGAAAACAAAUAAUGGAAAAUCUCAAUAUGACAGUUGAAGAAAUUUCUGGAUUAUCUCAUGGAACAACACAUGGUUCAAAUGUAGAUGAUGAUGGUAAUAGAACAUCAUGGAGUAAAACAGUUCAAUGGUCUGGUAAUCCAUCAGAUUUAAGAUCAAAAUCACCUAAUAUUCAAACCAGUUACACUGUCUAUAAAACAUCAUCUCAUCUUGAUUAA